AUGGACUUUCUUAACAUGGCCAAGGGGAAAUACGCCGCUGGUGACGUGACGGACAAGAAUAAGAAGAGUGACUCGAUUUUCAAUAAGGCUUUAGACGCCGCGGAGAAAUAUCAUGCCAAAGAAAAGGUUUCCGAGUUUGCGCAAAAACGUGUGGCCAAGCGGGAGACAGAGAAGCAGCAACCUGGAUACGUCGAGAAGAACAAAUCUUCUGUGGACAAGGCUUUGGAGGCUGCCGAGGACUUCCUCGCCAAGCAAGGACAGUCUACACCGCAGCACGCAGCGACCAAGAAAGACAAGAAGGACAAUCAGAUGGAAGAUCUCAUUGGGAAUGCCAAACAGUUACUAUCCAAGAAGUUCUAG